AUGCCGUCACGUUCGACGCAUGGCACGUUCACGGUUGGCUCAGAUUGGGGUCAAAUCGACUUGACAUCACCCAAUGGGUCCCUCAUGCUAGAUCCUAGACAUCCUGUUUCUCAGAGCAUGCAGGGAAAGGUUACAGCAACCGACAAUACCACAAUUGUAUGGACAACAGGUACAAGAGACAGCUUGGCGAAUGCGACAAUUCCCUUCUUGAUUGAAAAUAAUGGCAAUCCUGUUGAUAUCAAAAUUCAGCAUGGAGAUGAUGGACACUACCCGUCCGACAAGCAAGGUUGGGCCACGGCAAAGUUUGGUCAACACAGUUACAAGAAUGACACUGUCAAAGAAAAUGGGUACAAUGCCGAGUUCUACACUGAGUGCCCUGUUGACAAGGAUGAUUGA